AUGAGAAGGAGAGUGAAACUUGCAUUUAUGGUCAACGAUUCUGCAAGGAAAAUAACUUACACCAAAAGAAAAAAGAGUCUAAUAAAAAAGAUUGAUGAACUCGCAACUCUUUGUGGGAUUGAAGCUUGUGCUAUAGUCUAUAGUGAUUUUCAUUCGGAGCCAGAGAUUUGGCCUUCGCCAUGGGAGGUCCAAAGAGUCGUUACAAAGUUCAGAAGUUAUUCUGAUUUUGAGAAAGGUAAGAAGAUGUUGAACCAAGAGAGUUUUUUGAUUCAAAGGAUUGGGAAGUCCAGAGAACAAUUGGCAAAAUUGGAGAAACACAAUUGGGAGGUGGAGAAGUCAUUGAUCUUGUCUCAAUGUCUUGUUAAAGAAAACUUUAUCGACACUUUGAACCCAAAUGCUUUGAAUGACCUAGCAUUUGAUAUUAAUGAGAUGCUGGAAAAAAUCACUUCUAAGGUGAAUGAACUCGAUACAAAUGAAACCACUUAA